AUGGAGCGAUUCUACAAUAACGUGCUCUUCUUUGCACAAGAAGAUAACGCUACUUAUUCAUCUUCGUGGAAAAGGACGAGGCUUCACCAGAAACAGCACAUACUUUCCUUCCCUUUCUGGGAGCCCGAGGGUCGGCCUACAGAUGCUGCUCCUUCCAUGGCCGAUGGCGCCCGGUCUCCUGGCUGCCGACGGUGCCAAGCGAACAACUGGACAGGACAGCUCAGCUCCAGGAAGGUGGCCACAGUCUCGGCCAGAGCAGCAGCCCCCCAGCCACAGACCUCCUCUGCCCCCCCAGCCAGGAGCCUUCCCACCUCCCUCAGCCUUGCCUGGGCCCCGCCACAGGGGCUGAAGAGCUGGGAGGUGGUGGCCACAGCGGCGGUGGUGUCUACAGCCUUCGGGCCAGUCCAGGCACGCAGGACCCUGCUCCGGGCAACUCUGCGGCCCCUCCAGGGCCAGGGAGGGACCCAGGACAACCCCGGUGCUCACCACUGUCUCUUCCUGUCCCUGAUACCGGGGCGAGGGCUCAGAAUGGAAGCCGCUGUUCCUGAGCCGAAUCCGCAGGCCAGACCGAGGGAGGUGGGGGACGGGGUGAGCGGAGCUCAAGAUAGCCAGGAGCUGAAGCAGCAGCUGCAGCCGUGGCCUGAGCCACCAGCCUCCUCCCAGCAAGAAGGGAAAUAUGUGGAGAUGUGCGCUGCUGCCGGAGCCCAGAGGGAGAGGCCCCCGGCCAUGGAACUGAGUCCGGAGUGCUCAGCUGGGGACCCCAGGGCCUCUAAGAGUCCCGAAGAGGGAGCCCUAGACGAGCCCAGCAGUCCAGAGGGUAAGACUCCGACCUCCCAGAGGAACCCUGCUUCUGUGGAGCUCACCAGAUCCCAGCUCUCUGGCACUGAUGGCAGCAGCGACUUCUCCUCCUCCUCUGCCACCUCCUCCCCGGUGGACAAAGCAGAAGGGGGCCUUUUCAAGGAUGAAGCCAGCACGUCAACAGGGGCUCUGGCCACCUCGUCCUCCUCUUUAGGCUUUGAGAGCGACAGCGGUGAGAGUGCAGGGCGCUGCCAGCCCAGGGGGGAAGCCGGGGAGGGAAAGGCAGGAGGAGGUGCAGGAGGACGAGGAGCAGCGGGGGCAGAAGCUGGGACAGAGUGCAGGGACAUUAUUGCCAAGUCCCAGGGAAGCAGGGGGCCCCCCAAACCCGAGGAGGCUCACUACAUCACCACCCACGAGAUCCAGCUGAGCGAGGUGGAGCAGGACAUGGAUUUCGACGUGGGGCUCGCCUCCCACUGGGAUUUCGAGGACAACAACGUGAUCUACUCAUUCGUGGACUACGCUUCCUUCGGUGGCAGCGACGAGACCCCGGAGGACAUCACCACCCCAACCGAAGAGGAGGACAACAGCUGCUACCUCAGCACCACGCCCAGCACCAGCGCCCCCCGCACGCCCAGCCCCUUCAGCAGUGACCCUCCCCGCCCGGGCGCAGGCAGCAGUGGUCGGGACACCAGCAGCACGGAAGUGGGCAGCGGCCCUGCUGACGGCGGCCCCACGCCCCCACCCACGGGGCCUGGCACUGCCCCCGGGCCCGAGCCCUUGCCGGAGCCCCCGGAGGCAGUGGCAGGGGCAGCCGCCGCCGCCAGCAGCUGUGGGAGUGCAGCAAGCCAGAUCCUCCUAUCAAUCAAGCCGACUUCCCGGGCUAUAAAUGAGCCUAGCAACGUGCGUGCAAAGCAAAACAGUCCUCACGCUGCCAAGCAUGAAGGCGACAUGAGCCUCCGCGGCCCCACAGCUGCUGAACACCGCUCCAGUCCCCCGAAGCAGGACCGGGCUGCAGCCGUGGCUCAGGACCAUGCAAAGAAAUUCAUCGCUGUCCCUGCUCGCCUGCAAACCCGCUGCGGGGCGGUGCGGGCCAAGGAGCUGGUGGACUAUGCCAGCGGGGCCUCCAGCGCCGUGAGCGAGCUGGACGAUGCGGACAAAGAGGUGGGUAACCUGACCUCCCGCGCCUUCCGGAGCCUGGCGUACCCCUACUUCGAGGCUCUGAACAUCAGCUCCCGGGAGUCCUCCACGCUCUCGGAGGUCGGCUUCGGGCGUUGGUCCACCUUCCUGGACCUCAAAUGCGGGGGCGUGGGAGCCCGGGUGGAGCAGAGCCUGCUGCGGAGCAGCGCGGCCUCCGUGGCCGCCGGGCUGCGCAAGGGCGGCGCGGCCAGGCCAGCUGCCGACCAGCUCUGCAUCCACGCCAGGAAGUCCCAGACCAAGGCCCUGGAGUUCGUGGUCAGCAAAGUCGAGGGCGAGAUCAAACAUGUGGAGACGCCUCUGUGUUUCCAGAAGCAGCUGCAGACGGGCUCCCGCGUGGUCACCCUGCUGGAACCUCUGAAUCUGCGCAGCGACAGCAAAGCCAGCUCCGGCCCCGGGCCCUGCAGGGCCCCCCAAGGCCCCGGUAAGGGCCCCGGCUCGGUGUACACGGACGACGGCUCGGAGGCCCCCGAGAGCAGCAGGCCUGCGCCCCGCGCCGAGGGCCCGCAGAAGAAGUCCAAGUUCGCUUCCAGUCUGCUCAAGAAUGUCAUCUCCAAGAAGAUGCAGCGGGAGCACGAGUUCAAGAUGGAGAGGGGCGAGGUCACGGACACCUCCCACCGGCACCUCUCCAGAGCGGCCAGGGAGCCAGAGGGCGCCCCCGGCGGCGAGCGGCCGCGGGACAGGGCCCUGCAGAGGCAGAGCUCCCGCCACUCGGAGGCCAGCUCGGAGUACACGGUGCUCAGCGUGUCGGAUGCGGGUGGAGAGGGGCCCGUGGCGGGGUCCAAGUCCCCCAUCUUCAAAGCCAGCGCCCCUCGGGAGAGCCAUGCAGGCUCCGUCCGCAGCGCAGAGGAGGUGUGCGAGAUCAAACAGAGCGCCUCCGAGACGGUCAAGGGCAUCUUCCUCCGCAGCCAGAACAGUGCGUUCAGGUCCUGGAAGGAGCGAGAGGCCGAGAAGCGGGAGGACAAAGCCCCCGUAGGGAAGCUGAAGCUCCCCAAAGGGGGCGACUGGAGGGCUGAUCUCGGGGAGGUCUCGGCCAGCAAGUCCACCAUCAUGUCCCGUCUCUUUGUCCCCAACAUCCAGCAGACACCCAAGGAGAAGCAGCCCGGGAAACAGGCCACCAAGUACCCUGCGGCCCAGGCCACCUCCACUGCCGUGGUCGGGCCCAAGGCCCCGGAAAUCAAGAUCCGGUUGGGCAGCGUGCAGCAGCCAGGCUCGGACUUCAGCAUCGCCAAGCUGCUCACGCCCCAGCUGGCCGGCGGCAGCUCCUCCGGCCUCCUCAAGGCAGCCGAGGACAACGCCCGGGGCCCACAGAAACUCUUCCGGGGGGACAGCCUGGAAAAGGUGCCCCAGUUCCAGGUGAGGGACGUCAGGGACAAGUCCAAGGCCCAGGGCCCCCUCCACCAGGUGAGGGACGUCAGGAAGCUCAUCAAGGGGUCCGGAGACAGCAGCGACAAGGGCAGCGUGACCCCCGAGCAGGGGCUGAGCGGGCCCAAGCCCAGGCUGCUGGCUGCUGCCGCUGGCGGAUCCAGGUCCCUGUCCCCCUUGGUGAUCACGUGCCAGGCCGUGGUGAACCAGAGGGAGGACGGCACGGACCGGGAGCUGGGGGAGAGCCUGGGUAGAGGGGGCAGUGGCGGCCUGAACCCCUCCUCGCCAGAAGGGACGGUCUUGGUUCACCGGGCAUCUGGGAGGCUGCCCGUGGCCACCAUCGCCCCCAAUAAGCCCGAGCAGGGCUCCUACCUGCCUGUGCUCAAGAUCAUCUCCAAGGCCUCUGCUCAGAAGACCCCAGAGAAGGCCAAGGACGAGGAGGCCAAGGAGGAGGGGAAAGGCCCCAAGCCAUCGCGGAACGCCCUGGAGAAGCUGACGGCCGCGGUGCGGUCCAUGGAGGAGCUCUACAGCUUCGACAGGCACGAGUGGAAGCGCAAAAGCGACCCGUUGCCCACGAUGACCGACAGCCACGUCCUGUCGCUCAUCGCUAGCGAGGAGAGGGGAGGGGCCGGCGGGGCGGAGGGGGACCCCGACAAGCCGGCCAAACGGCUGGGUGAGGUGGGAGAGCAGGGCACGGGCCACAAGGACGGAGUGGUCCUGCGAGCGGCCCCCUUGGAGCGCCUGCAGCGGAGAAACUCCAACCCGAGCUCCGAGAGCGUGUCUGCCCGCGCGGCUGCCUUCGAGAACCUGGCCAGGGAGCGGCCCCGAUCCCUCUAUAUUCCCCCAGCCCACAAAGAUGGGGAGAGAACCCAGCCCCUGCAGCCCCUCCCCCCACUCCCCAGCAACAGGAACGUGUUCACGGUGAGUGCCAGCAGCAUCCAGAAAACUGGGGGUGUCGCUGGCAAGUUCCCCCAAGGGCUUUCUCCAGAGAGUCCUUCCGCAACAAAGGGCAGCAAGUCUCAGGGACUUCGGUCCCUCAAGAUCUCUCCGGCCACCCGGGCACCGCUUGAUGAGGCGCUCAACAGGAAACAUGGCAGCACCUUGGUAAAGAGCAAUAGUGACUGUGAAAAUUACCUGACCAUCCCCCUUAAAGGAAGCUCUGCAGCUGGGCCUGGGGCGAGGAGGGAGGUGCCCCCAGCCUCCUCUGCAGCCACUCUCUGCAGCUUGCCCCCCCUGAGUGCUCGCAGUCAGGUCCCCAGUUGCCCCAAAGGUUCCCAGGUCAGUGGAACCAGCCGGCCAGCAUGGCCUACCAAACCUGACAACCCACGGCAGUCCAUCGCUGCCCCCUCAGGGCCUCAGAGCCCCGGGCAUCCCCCCACUGCUAUCUACCACCAGCAGCCACUGCCCUUCCCCCUGCAGGGGGCCCAGCCCCAGGUCCUUUGCUUCUCCCCACCUGGCAUGCCUGCCCCGGCACCUGCAGGCCCAGCUCCGGUGCCCACAGAUGCCUUCCAGCAGCCACAGCCUCAGCAGACCCAGCGAAAGAUGCUCCUGGAUGUGACGACUGGCCAGUACUACCUGGUGGACACACCGGUACAGCCCAUGACCCGGAGACUGUUUGACCCCGAGACAGGGCAGUAUGUGGAUGUGCCCAUGACCUCCCAGCAGCAAGCAGUGGCUCCCAUGUCUCUCCCUGUGCCUCCCUUGGCCCUGAGUCCUGGGGCCUAUGGACCCACCUACAUGAUCUACCCUGGGUUUCUGCCCACAGUGUUGCCUACCAGCGCCUUGCAGCCCACACCAGUUGCUCAUACUCCAGGGGGGAGUGAGCUCUCCCAGAUGGCUGCAGAGAGCCCCAGCAAAGAGCCAGCUGCCAAGUUCACCGAGGCCCCAUAUUUCAUGGCCUCUGGUCAGUCUCCCACCUCCGCUUCUUCCUCGGCCCCAGCAGCCACAUCCCAGCUGGUGGGGGCCAAGGGCUUCGCCCAGCUGCACGGCAAACCUGUCAUCAGCAUCACUUCCCAGCCCCUGGGGCCGAGGAUCAUCGCGCCCCCCUCCUUCGACGGCACCACCAUGAGCUUUGUGGUGGAGCACAGAUGAUGGGCAGUCACCAGGAAGCAGGACGGAGCCGCUGCUGGAGCAAGACAGAAAGAUGGACUAUUCUUCUUUAAUCUGAAGGUUGCAUUGUAACAGCAGUAAGAAUUCAUCUGAAAAACUUCCUCUACAUGUGUUAUUCUUAGCUUUUGCUUCUUAUAAACCAAGUGUGUAAGUUUCUAUAUUUUCCUGAACAACGCUGUUAAGAAAGUUUGUGCUAUUUUAGUUUUACUAGGCUGAUUGAAUGGUUGCAUUAUCACCCUGUAAAAAUCAUUUCUUUUUAUACUUAAUACAGGACAUAAGCUUUUUAUUUAUCUUUUCCUCCAUUUGGCUAGACAGAAUAGCCCUUAAGUAUUUUCAUAGUUCAAUCAAACCAUACAGCAGAGUGGGAUUUGUUCUAUUGUAAACCAAACCAGUAAAUCAAUAACUUGGAAUCCAAAUCGCCUUAAAGGUUCUUGGAAUACAUGAGGACUAGCUGGUAGAAUUGCAGCACAUGCUUGGAUUUUAAAUAUGAUGGGUCCUCACUUAGAAUCAUGUACCAGCCAAGCCUAGUCAUUCUCUUGGUUUUAAUCUACACGCUCUUUUAGUGGGUUUAGCAUGAUUUCAGAUGUGAUUGUGAAAAAUAGUGGUUUUAACUUUGUGCUUUGUUUUAAUUUUCCAAUUUGUACAAUGUCAUGACACUAUUUGUUGUCUUAAAAUAGAAUGGCUUAAAAUACUGAAGAGCCAGUGAUUUCAAAUUAAGUUCUUAGUCUCAGGAAGGUAUAAAAUAUCUAUUUCCCUUUAGUAACCCAAACUUCGUUAUGAGCGUAUAGCAUUUUUUUGUCUUCUUCAAUGAUUCCCUCCAUAGUUGCAUACUCCUGGCUCUCACGGAUUGUUUGGAGUCCGAAGAGUGACUGGUUUGGGGUGAUAGAGCAGAAUGUAAGCUCCUGUCCAGUGGCUCUGGAUCUCUCCAGCCAUACCAAGAGCAGUGACCUAGGGUUACAUCACUUGUUCGUUGUGGUUGUGAGAGAUGACAAGAGUCCAAAUCACAGAAUCUUUCAUCGACAUUCAGUACUGCCUCAGUUGUAACCCAGUUCUGAAGGCCAUUUUAAUGCGUGUUCACAGUGAGUCUUGAAGAGUUGAUAGAUCAAAUAUUUAACUUGUCAGAAUUAAUAAGUGUGUCAAAUAUAUAUUUGACAAAUGUUACAUUAGAAUAUUUUUUACUGAUUAAAAGAGUACCUGGAAGGUUUUCCCAGGCUUUCUAAUUUAAGGAAUCCCCUCUUCUUUACUGUUGUUCAAAGAUAAAGCAUUCUGGUAAUUUUUAAAAAGCCUUAUUUUGAUUUUAAUAGUCAUCAAUAUUUGGUUUCUGCUUAAAAAUUAUUCUUGAAGCAACAGAAUUUUAUGCUAUUCAUGACUGAAGGUGUGGGUAAAAAGUGAUGAGACUGAUUUUUGUAUGAUUUAUGUAAUCUCAUUAUUUUGUAGUUAUGCUUCCUAUCUCAGACUCUUAAAAAAUAACCCAGUUUCACUUUCAAGGCCUUCCUUACAGGGAUAUUUUUUUUCUAGAAAAUAUGUUGGAUAAAAGGAAAGGUUUGAGGGAGAAAUAAUUGGCUCUGCUCGCAAUUCAAUCAAUCAUUGGGUUGAGGAGCUAUGAAAUGCAGUGAUAGCCUCUAUGAGACAUGAAACAGGAAAUAUGAAGCAGCCUCUGAAUAUGGAAAAGAUGCCCUUGUGCUGUAUUGGGGAAAGUAUCAUUCCUUUGUCAUAGAGGUCUUCUUACCCAGGUGCACCAGCAGAUCCGCCCCAGAACUUACUGAAUUUUUCACCGUUGGGACCUAGUUACAGCAUCAGCCCUUGCUCAUUUUCAGUGGAGAUUGACUUGGUAUGAGGUCACUUUGGGUGGGUAGUACUAGAAUUGAUAAGAUUGGUUUAAAACUGUGUGACUUGGAGGAAACGCCAGUGGUCAUGCUGAGGAGUCAACUGCUUGCCUGCUCUCCAAAAUGAGAGACUCCCCUUUCCUAGAAUAUGUGGUAAAGUUCUAUCUACCAAGGUUCUGGGGCCCCAUCUGCUACUUACCAUGAUUGAUCACCAGCAGACCUGAGCCUUAAAUUCUCACAUUGAGGUAAACUAGGACAGACACCAGGAAAGAAAGGAGAACUUCUCACUUGUUGGUUCUAUCAGAGAGGCCAAGUCCGCUGAAGAGCUGACAAGGGUAUAGUAAAUGUCUAAGUGGUUAAGAAUGUAACUUUAAAAUAAUAUUCUAUGAAUAUGACAUUGUUUAUUGAUAAUUUUGUGGUUCUCUAUUUCCUUAAGCCAUACAAAGCUGCUAGGCCAUUUACUACCUCAAAUGAUAGUGAAGAACAUUUUAGAAGACCUGAGAUAAAUCUAAAUCCUCAUCGUCAUUGUUUUAUCAUUUCUUGAGGUUGCAUUGAUGUUUGAAUGAAGUGGUGGUGCCCUUCCUUUUCAACCAAAGUUAAGUAGAAUAAAAGUCUAUAAACCUUCCAACCCAUAAAACUAUCAUCUUAACUCCGUCCCUUUAGCUCCUGAACUACCCUCUUAUGUUUCAAUACACAAAACUAUUUGUGAAGCAUGUGGCAUUUCCUAGAUAGUACCUUGCACUCACAUCAAAUUAAAUUUGCAAAGUUUGGCUUUUGCCAUUUUCUCUCAGGGUUACAAAUAUGACUCCGUUUUCCAGAGGAACCACAGUGCAUUGUGGGUAGAAAUGCUGACCCAUUUCCUCUUUUUUUUUUCUUAUGGUUAAAUUGUCAGGUUGAAAUAUACUCUAUUUGAUUUGUUUUUGGAAAACUGAACAUAUUUAUAACCAGUAUGAAAAUUAAAUUCACCAGAAUGUUUUUUCUUAAAACCACUCACUGAAAUUGCCCUAGGGUUAAAUAAAGCCCAGAUAUGCAGUCAGUGACUUAGCUUAUAGGCUGUCUGUAUGUCUAUAUAUGUCUUUGUGUAUAUGGCUCUUUCUGUAUCAUUGAGUAAAUAAGUUAAAACUAAUUAGAUCUUGAUAUCGCUAUAAUAAUUCUCAACUGUUACACACAUUUCAAAUUCAUCCUUAGAUCACUAGGAAAUGCCUAGUAAUAUAAAUUGUUCUUUAAUUUCAGAUUUAACUUUAUUUUUGCCUUUUGAGGAGAUUUAAUGUGCUUAAAUUAUUUUCACACUCCAUGUGUUUGCUGCAAAUUGAAUGUUCAUGCUACCUGAAAUACUUUGGACUGCAAGACAGUAUUGAUUACUAAGUAGAUUGACUAUACUCAUGAUACAUAUAUAUAUAUACUGGUACAUAUAUAUGUGUGUGUGCAAGAGAAAACAUAUUCAAUGAUAUUCUCUGUGUUUAAAAACUAUCAUGGUAUAUAUUUUCCUAUGUGGUGCUUGAGGAGUUUCAUUCUACAGUUUACAAGGUGUAGGUUUGCACCCCAAAUUCUCAGGGUAUGCUAUUUUACCCAAAUACUUGAAAGAAAAAGGUGCCCUGUAUUUUAUCAGUACUGUUGAGGGGGAAAAUGAUAAAUUAUGUGUAGGUUUGUUUUAGAAAAAUCAAAUUCAUAAAAUAUGUCAGCCUUUUACAGAAUUUCUAAGGAGAUAUACAUAUAGAUAUGAUAUAUAUUUUCAAGAGACUGUUUCUACAUUCUUAACUAACUUCUGGGUCCUCAGUAGACCUUACAGGUGCAUAAAAUCAUUAAUAAAACAUGUAGCAUUUGCUAAAUUGUACUUUGAACUUGAAUCUAAUCAGAAUUGUAGACUCUGGGGGAAAGUGUGUUUAUCCGUGGCACAUGUGAUUACAAGCCCAGGGGAGGAUUCUGAAAAUUAGACUUGUUUAUAUGCCCCAUGUCGCAGAAGAAAACUGAACUUCACAGCAGUGUUUGUAAGCUGUUAAUAUUCUUGUUCCAUGUUGCAACUAGAGCAUAUUAUUAAAUGUAUUCCCAUUUAAUUCUUUAAUUCACAAUGGUGCAGAAUAAAACACACACAAUACAUAUAAUUUGAUUUCUUUUUUAAGUUUCAUAAUUGCUUUUUACAAGCUAGUGUUAAUGGCAGAGUUCUUUGAAAUUACCUAUCAUACCCAUAUCUAUUUUCUAAUGGGCAGCCCUCCCCCGCCCCUUUUGAAGAUGAAGGUUUCUAUAUUUACAUUUAAAGAAUAUUAUUGUACAGUAAAGACAGUGGUGGUUGAAAAGAAUGUGAAGACUGAGGAAGUUAUGUCCUAAAAAGAGAAGAGUAAAUUGUGUGAUGAAUGAAGAAAGACAUUGGAUAAAGCUGAAUUAUAUCCCUGGCUAUGAAAAAAGCCAGUGGUAAAUGGAAAGAAUAUGGACUGCUUUCAAGAUAGAAAUCUUGGUGGAUGUGUUCCUACCUUAGGUCUGAUGCAACUCAGAGAGUGCACUGAACUUGGCCAGUGGGACUGUGAAUCCAGCCCAAUAUCUCUGAGAAUUACAUUCUCGGUGUAUUGCAAAUGGAGAAAACUACUUAGACAAGGACUCUGUGAGACUAGCCUACUGACCUUAAUUGCCAGCAUUGGUAGGUGAUUGUGCAAUCUUGCAUAAUGGUCUUUU